AUGGCCAUUCAGCCAAGCAGAAACGGGACCGUCACUAAGGCCCAUGUCAAUUUGAUGACUGACACCAUCAUCGCAAACUUACAGCCAGAUGCUUUGCGCUCUGUGAUACGUUCAAUAUUGACAGCGGACCCGAGCUUCACGUCGAUAUUCGAGGAGCAUACAAGAAAUCAUCUUCAAAAAUCAUCCUCGAUAUAUCUCGGAGCGCUUUUUGAGCAUGAUGGUACAAUGGGCUGGCGCGCUACCCCCAGUUUCGCAAUUGCACAGCACCGAAUUCGAGCUAUGAUUGGUAGUGGCUUGAGCUUCGACAGCCUUGAUCAAAUAAGGCACAUCGUUGAUCAGGCUAAGUCGGUCCGUCUCAUUAAAGGCUCAUCUGGUCAAGUGGAACUAGAGACUCUUAUUACGUCUGUGGAUGGAGAUAUUGUCCAAGCCUUGACCGCAGUCCAGAAGACUCUCAACCAGCCUUCGGGCCAAAGGGACUUCACACAGGGCGAGUAUAAGAAACUGGAUGCACUGUUUCAAACGUUGAAUACAUGCCGUGAAGAGUGGAGAUUUAGGGAGCAAGAGUUUCUUUUUGAGCGCAGCCUGGGCGUGGUUGCUGGCGUUCUUGCCAAAGAAGUUGAAAUUGCAAGUGACGAAUUCCCUCAAACAGCAUUGACGAACGGGGAUAGUGCGGGUGUUAGUACAACGAUUGAAAAAUUUCAGAUCGGUAGCCAGACGUUACCAAGGCUCUUCUCAGGCUUAUGGCAACUUUCAAGCCCCUCUUGGGGUGUUGCACCCAAAUCUAGGAUUUUCUCUCAAUUUUGGAGGUUUGUCGGUCAAGGUUUUACUGCGUAUGAUAUGGCAGAUCACUACGGCGAUGCAGAGAUCCUUUUUGGCAAGUUUCGAUCGACUUACUCCUAUCCGGAUACCAUAUUUGGGUCCACCAAGUAUUGCGUAUUCCAGCCUAUUACAAUUACCCCAAAGGUGGUCCACGAUAAUGUUUCAGAGAGAUGCAGAAGGCUUGCAUCUGAUCAUGUUGACCUUCUACAGUUCCAUUGGCAGUUUUACGAAGACAAGCAGUACAUCCAGGCAUUGCGAUUGCUACAAAGCGAUAAUCGAGUGAGGCUGCUUGGUCUAUGUAACUUCGACACACUGCGACUAAAGGAGGUACUAGCCUCUGGAGUUAAAAUUGUUACAAAUCAAGUCCAGUUCUCCUUGAUUGACAGUCGUCCAACGAUAAAAAUGGGCAAAGUCUGCCAAGAGCAUGGAAUCAAGCUUUUGACAUACGGGACGUUGUGUGGUGGAUUUCUAGCAGAAAAAUGGCUGGGCCAACCCGAACCCGAAUUAUUCUCUGACAGCAUUACACCCAGUCAGCGAAAGUAUUUCGAAAUGAUACUUGCCUGGGGUGGAUGGACACUAUUUCAGGAGUUACUGCAAAGUCUGAAAACCAUCGCGACGAAGCACAACGUGGCAGUAUCCAAUGUGGCUACUCGAUGGGUCUUAGAUUUCGACUAUGUGGGCGCGGUUAUCGUUGGCGCAAGAAUGGGAGUCAGCGAGCACGGAGAGGAGAACUUGGCUAGUUAUGGAUGGCGACUAGGUGAUGAAGACCAAGAACAGCUCAACGCUGUGCUGGCACGGAGUCGCAGAACUGAGAUCUUCGAGGUCAUGGGCGACUGCGGAGGCGAAUACAGGUGA